AGUACCCAGUUUGUGAUGUGAAAAAAUGGACGAGGUCGUUAGCAAGUGGUGUGAAAUCGCCGAGAAUACGACCACGUAUUUAUCCAAGAAUGUUCAAGACCUUGUUCUAAAAAAAGGCAUUGCAACAACAACUAGCAUCAGUCUAGAAAUUGCUACAGAUGAUUUGCUGGAUAUUUCUAGACUCUCUUCCUCCUUACUAAGUGAUGAUGGUUACUUACAUCAUCCAACUCAACGUAGUGCAGAAUGGUACAUUCAACACAUUAAGGAUACUGAACCUUUUUUUGCCAAUGUAAAAAUGAAAAUGAAGGUCAUUUCUGAAGAAGAGUUGCAAGGCCUUAUCAAGCUGUGUGCAUGGAUGCACCAGCCCCAGACAGUCGAUCUAUGUUUUGAUUUGCUGACCAGGAAAGAGGAAGUGGCUCUCAACUCCCACGAAUGCCUCCUGCUCACAACUGCUGCACUUGAGAGGGCUCUUGGCAAUCUAUUCUUACACGGGGAUCGAAAGAAGAAGGUCCCAUCUUUGCUUCGAGAUCUGCUGGCCUCGCCAGAAUUGCUCUUGUUACUGGGCACAUCCCAAGUAAUCCUUUUACAGCUGUUGCUUGGCAGUCCUCUGUCGCUUAAUUUGAGAAACCUGAUAUGGCACGGCUUCGUCGGUUUCCUCGACUGGGACACCCACGGCUACGCUUCCGUCUUGCUGUUCGUCUGCGCCGCCAUAGGUCGACAUUUGGAUGACUGCCGAUCGAUAGAAACCGUCGAUGAAAUCAUCCCUAGACGUUGGGCUACUUUCGAGCGACAUCAGCACAAGUGGCCAAAAUGGUCGCAAUUUAUGGCCGACAACGAAGAGAUGUUGGUGGAAGCCGUUUCAGAAACGCCAGCCCUGCCCGGCAGCCGCAAGGCCAUUUGGCUCCGUGCCAUUAGGCACCAUCAGAAGGGCCGUUAUGGUCGUUGUUGUGCGCUGAUGAUGCCCGAAAUAGAGCACACGCUCCGAUUGAUUUACUGCGCCGUCAACGGGUGCCCAGCUCGAGCCCUGACUGCUGAAUCAGUCGUUCACUACACGACUCUGGACGUCAUCCUGGAAUGCGGUGGUGAAUCAAACGACGUGAAGCCUCGAAUAGCCGAAUUUCUGGGCAAUGGACUCUAUUCCGCUUUGCUGGAUGUAUUCGUCCAACUGGAAGGACCGCGAGUUCGCGAUCGGUUUAGUCACGGUGAGUGUCGCUUGUGGGACAUUGACGCCCAGCUAUCCACUCACUUGCUGGCUCUAUCGACCGCCAUUUUGUGGCUGCCCGGUCGUCCUUCCUCUGUAGUCAUUCCUCAUUAUUCAUCGCACUUCAGUCCGGCCGCUCUAUUUCAUCGAGAACUCGUCGAAACAAUCGAAGCCAUUGGGCGCUGGCUCGGCUGUCUGCUCGCUCCAUGCCCAUCCGUCGACGUUGAUUUGUCCGCUUGGCCGGCGGAAUGGCGCCCGCUGGUAAGCAACUGGCUGCGUAACUGGUCGCCUGCGGUUAAUCAGCUGUUAAUAAAUCAGUUAAAAGAAGAAGAAAACGACCGGCGAAUGGACGACAUUGUCGUCAUCCAUGCGGGCCAGUUAUCGCCCACCUGGCUACGUAAAAUGAUGAGCCAGAUCGUAUUAGGUUGCCAACGGCUGACGUCUCAUUACAACCAAAGAAAUGGGCCCGGUACUUUGUCGUCAUUACACUCCCGACAGCGAUCCACUCAUGCCCGGAUGGACAGUUACAUGCACCUAUUCAUAGCGGCCGUCCAACUUUCCUUGCUCUUUCCCAUAGCCGUGAGCUUUGGAGGCCAAGUGAUUGUCAACGAUCCGCCAACCGUACGGCGGAUGAAACGGAUCGUGACUCGCUGGGCAGAUCAUUUCGCCAGGGCAUCCGCCAACAACCGUUGGAUAGAACUGGCAGACUGCACCAAAGACUCGAUCCAAUCGAUGGAAAUCCUCAUUUCAUCCGUCCUCGUCUUUGCUUCCGAAUUCCCAUCUCCAUCCGCUUGCUAAAACUUCUAUGCGACAUCCGUCCUUGCUGCUGCAUCUGCAAAAAUGGAUUUCAGUCACGAAAAAAUCAGUUGGCAUUUUGAUAAUAAUAGAAAUCCAAUCCAACCCACGUAUUGUGUGUCGGUGGAGGAGAUGCGGACCAGUUCCAAAGAUAAACUUACCUCCGGUUGUCCCUGACUGAUGACGCAUAAACUCUUGAGAAGAAAAAGGAGGAAUAUUACAUUCAUUGAAUUUGUAUAUGUAUUAGAAAUCGUAUUACAAAAACAAAAAAGAACCGUUUGGCCCCGGCAGCCUUUUUCGUUAGCGGCCAUCUGUUGGUAAUAAUAAUAAUAAUACUCGUCGUCCAGUUAAUAGAAAAGGAAAUUUCUACAGUGAGUGUGGUUCCUUUAGGGCAAUGAAGAGAAAAAAGGUAGCGAUUCCGUUUUUACGGUUUCUUUUUUGUAAUAUUUUUUUCCCUAUUAAAUGUUGGGCACAACAAAAAAGAAAUAGGGACAAUGAACCGCAGACAUUCACCACCAACAAAUUCAAAAGGGGAGAGAGAGAAACAGAAAAGUGUUGAAAACCCUGAAAUGGAACAGGAGAACUAAAGGAAAAAUAAAUAAAAAUGUGGAUGAAACGGUGGAUAACUCGGGUAGAAGAGAAGCAGACGCAAAACGGAUAGGUAAUUCAAUGUUGAAAUUGAUCAAUGGCGGACGUGAAAGCCAAAAAAGAGGACGUGAAAAUAGAGAAGCCAAUCUCCUCGUAUUGCAUAUUAAACGAAAGGGUUUAAAGGCCCCUGACGAUAGCGCCACGAUCAAACUCCAAGGUGCCGCAGCAAAACACAAAAAAGAGAAAAAUGAAAACGGUCGAUUCGUUGACUAGUUUUCGACUUGAAUAAAUCUGAUGAAUAAUGAAUUCGUAUAUAAAAGGAACAAUUUUCAAACUUUUGGCGGCGGUGGCGGCGGUGGUAAUCGAUUCACGGAAGACGAGUGGGAGGAGCCGUCGCUG